AUGGACAAUAAGGUUACUACUGAGUAUGCUAAGGUGCUUAUAGCACAAUAUCUCGAUAGUCAUGGAUACCAAGAAUCUUUGGUGAAUUUUUUAAAAGAAUCUGAUCUUCCCCGUAAAGCCCUUUUACAAGAAAAUGGUGAAACUUUGGAAACUAUUCUUUAUGAAAGAAUUAAAUUCGCAGAACACAGAGUGGCAAAUAGACUGGCACGAUUGACCUUGAAUGAACCAAUUGACGUGACCCACUUGCCAAUACCAUCAUGGGAUCAUAGUUUACAGUUUAAAGAAUUAAAGCUUAAUGAUCGUAUUAUUGAUUUAACCGUUGAUGCCGGAGUAGGAUCUGAAAAAUUAUUGAUAUCUACAUCUAAUAGAGAGGUGAAGGUCUAUGAUACUAAUAGUUUAGAGCCAAGCGCUUCAUUGGAAGGUAACAAAACCUCUGGAUUGCUAAAACCUUGCGGUUCAUUGGGAAAGACAGGUUAUCACUACGCAUGUGGUCUCGAUGGAAUGUUAAACGUCUACGACUCAAAUGGUGGUACACCUGUUAACAGUUACAAAAUUCACAGAAGAGUAACCACUCAUGCACGAUCUUGUACUAUCGAUGGUCAAUCGUGGUUUUUCAUAUCCUACGGUUUGGAUAACUACUUGAAAAUACAUCGAAUUCAGUUUGACACACUUGGUGUGGAAUUGUGGGCUGAAUGCAAGAUUCCUUCGGCCUGUACCGCCUUAGAUAUUGCCAUUGUUCAAGAUAGGAUCUUAAUUUACUUGGCACAAACAGAAUUUACACACGUUACGUGCUACGAAGUCACUACUUCAAUUCCAGCAUUGAAUCAGAAGUAUCAAUUAGCAUUAAACGGUGCCCAAUUCACUCCUCAUGCCUUUCAAAUCAGAGAUAUGAAAUAUGUGCCUAGUGAAAACAUCUUGCUAGUAGCUACGUCACACACGCCCUAUAUGAGAUUACUAGUCGUUCAAAUUCCACGAGAGGAGGAGACUUCAGGCCCACUCUACGAUAAAGUCAUUCGAGAUAUGGCUACUGAAGUACCUCAGGAUAACUAUUCUCAACCUUCGUUGGGAAUUUUGCCUUCCAACAGCGGUGUUAUUGUCAGUAGUAAUGAAGGUAUUUAUGCAAUUGAUAUUGCUAAAGGUGAUUCAUGGCAUCUAAAUGCUUUCCCAAAGCGCAGGGUCAAAUGUCUGGUCGUUAACGAUUCGAACGGAUUAAUAGCUGUUGGUUUUGCAGACAGAACGACCCAUAUUGCUCGGGGUACCGUGAAAACGUAA